AUGGCGGCCGCAAAGGCAACCCUAGAUGCAAUGCAUCCUGACCAUGCGUCAACCAAAACCAUGAAAAUCGAAAACACGGAAAAACGUGAUGCUCUCAUUUCCAUUGAGCAAGGUUACCAGAAGAAGUGGCAGUCUGACAAAGUCUUCGAGCCCGAGGCCCCAAGUCUGGAGGAGAUACCAUUUGGCUCCAUGACACAGAAGCAGCUGCACGAGAAAUAUCCCAAGUUCAUGGUCACCGUCGCCUUCCCCUACAUGAACGGUACUCUACACAUGGGCCACGCCUUCACCUUUAGUAAAGCAGAAUUCCAAGCAGGCUUCAACCGUCUCCAAGGCAAGCGGACUCUUUUCCCGUUGGGCUUUCACUGUACUGGUAUGCCCAUAAAGGCCUGUGCAGAUAAGCUCGAACGUGAGGUCGAGCUGUUCGGUAAGAACUUCGAAAGGUGUAACCUAGAAGAUGUACAAAAGGACGACAAAGAUGCUGCUCCUCCGCCGACACAAGAAACCAGGGCAGAUGUAACCAAAUUUCAAGCAAGCAAGGGCAAAGCAGCUGCGAAAACGGUCAAGACGAAUUAUCAAUUCCAGAUAAUGCUUUCUCUAGGCAUCCCACUCGAGGAGAUUCACACCUUUGCGGAUCCACAGAAGUGGCUGACGUACUUUCCGCCGUUGGCAAAGAGGGACCUGACAGAUUUCGGCUUCCGCAUCGACUGGCGUAGGCAAUUCGUUACCACAGACGCCAACCCUUACUUUGAUACUUUCAUAAGGUGGCAGAUGGUGCACCUGAAGCAAAUGGGCAAGAUCAAGUUCGGCAAACGUUACACUGUAUACAGUCCCAAGGAUGGCCAAGCCUGUUUGGAUCAUGAUCGCAGCUCAGGUGAAGGUGUGACGGUGCAGGAGUAUACUGCGCUGAAGCUGGAGGUCAAAGAAUGGCCAGAGAAGGCCCAGGAGAUUCUCGCAGGAAAACUACCAGAGGGCGCCAAAGUCUACUUCAUCCCUGCAACUCUCCGGCCAGAGACUAUGUACGGUCAAACGUGUUGCUUCGUUGGUCCUAAUAUAGUCUAUGGCAUCUACCAUGUGAAGGACAAUGAAUACUUUUUCAACAGCGAGAGAGCUGCCCGGAACAUGGCAUUCCAAGAGAUCUUCCCGACGUGGGGCAACUUCCCAAAGAUUGCAGAAUUUAGGGGUUCAGACGUUGUCGGCACUUUGGUCAACGCACCCAUGUCCGUUCAUACGUCAGGAGUAAGAAUUCUGCCCAUGGAUACAGUAAAGGAUACAAAAGGCACGGCAGUUGUGACUUGCGUUCCUAGCGACAGCCCCGACGAUUACGCGACCACUCUCGAGCUACAAAAGAAGGCUGAUUUCUAUGGCAUAAAGAAGGAAUGGGCCGAACUUGAAAUUAUUCCAAUCAUCGAGACCCCUACUUACGGCAACUUGACCGCGAAGACCCUGGUUGAGCAGCUGAAGAUUAACUCUUCCAAAGACGCCAAAUUGGCUGAAGCCAAGGAUCUAGCCUACAAGGAAGGCUUCUAUCAAGGAAAGAUGAUUAUAGGUGAACACAAAGGCAAGCCUGUCGCCGAAGCAAAGGCUUUGGUGAAGAAACAACUCAUUGAGUCGGGACUUGCAUUCAAUUACGCCGAGCCAGAUGGUAUGGUCGUUUCCAGAUCAGCAGACGUAUGCGUAGCAGCCCUCCUCGACCAAUGGUACUUCAAUUACGGCACUACUGCGAAUGGCGGUGAUGGAGAGUGGUGUCAACAAGUCCUCGACUACCUUGAGGACGGAUUGAACACGUACUACCCAGAAGCAAAGAAUUCCUUCGUCCGGACUGUAAACUGGCUGGCCCAAUGGUCUUGUGCAAGAAGCUAUGGUCUCGGCUCUAAACUACCUUGGGAUCCUUCCGUCAUGGUCGAGUCUCUUUCUGACUCGACCAUCUACCAAUCGUACUAUACGAUCGCGCAUUACCUCCACUCGGAUCUUUAUGGCACCAAGCCUGGCGCAUUCCCCAUCACUCCAGACCAGAUGACCGAUGAGGUAUGGGACUACCUGUUCGCACCGCAGGAUGCUGCGUUCCCCGAGACGAAGAUCAGCCAUGAGCAUUUGCAAACCAUGAAGCGCAGCUUCGAAUACUGGUAUCCUCUCGAUUCCCGCAUCUCCGGAAAGGACCUGGUGAACAACCACUUGAGUUUCUGUCUUUACAUCCACGCCGCUCUCUUUCCAAAGAACAACUGGCCACAAUCGAUCCGCAUCAACGGUCAUUUAAUGUUGAACGGCGAGAAGAUGAGCAAGAGCACAGGUAACUUCCUGACCCUGAACGCGGCGAUAGCCAAGUUUGGCUCGGAUGCGACGAGAAUCGCCCUGGCUGAUGCUGGCGACGCGCUCGAAGAUGCCAACUUCGAGGAAAGCGUAGCCAAUGCCGUCAUCUUGAAGCUGUAUGAGCUGAAGAACUGGUGCGAGAGCGCCGUCACAGGAACGGGCAAGGACAACGCGCAACGCACCGGCGAGCGCAACUUCUGGGACAAUCUAUUUGAAGAUGAGAUGAAUGUCAUCGCGAAAGACGCCUACGAGCAAUACGACCUCUCCAUGUACAAGCUCGCCCUGAAGUUCGGCUUCUACGACUUCACAUCCUCGCGCGACUCGUACCGCGAGGCGACCAAGAGCAUAGGCAUGCACCGCGACCUCACCCUCCGCUACAUCGAGCUCCAAGCCCUCCUCCUCACCCCUAUCGCGCCCCACUUUGCCGAAUAUCUCUGGCUGGAAGUCCUCAAGAAGCCCAGCACCAUCCAAAGCGCCACCUUCCCCGAGGUGCCCGCUCCAGACGCCACACUGAGCGCGUCUCGCACCUAUGUGCGCACCACCAGCGGCAACAUCACAUCAGCCGAGGGCGCGCAAGUCAAGAAAGCCGCCAAGGGCAAGCAGAUGGUGUUUGACCCGAAGAAGGACAAGAAGCUGACCAUCUUUGCGGCACAGAAGUUCCCCGCGUGGCAGGACCAGUACAUCGCCAUGGUGCAGGACGCGUUCAAGGACAUGGCUAUCAACAUGAAGGCCGUGACGGCCAAGAUCCCCAAGCCAGACAUGAAGAAGGCGAUGCCGUUUGUGCAGAGCUUGGCGAAGCGUCUGACGGGCGGCGAGCUGCCGGAGGCGGUAUUUGGCCGCAAGUUGCCGUUCGACGAGUUGGCUGUGCUAAAGGAGAUGGUGCCUGUGCUGCCCGUCGUCAAGCUAGUGGAGGUAGAGAUUGUCAGCGUGGACGACGGAGGCAAGAGCGGAACGGUGGUGUUCCCGGAGUCGAAGAACGGCGAGAAGAGGGAUAGCCUGCCGGUGCAAGCCGAAGGCAGCAUUCCCGGCACCCCAACCUUUGUCUUUGAAAAUGUCUAA